UGCGGUGUGCGUCCCGGAGGAGAGGGGGCUGCGCAGGGCGGGGUGCGGGGUGACGCUCUCGGGGGUCUGUGCCUGCCGGUUGCACCUGCUGAGAAAGCGGGUGGGCGUUUGUCCCGGCGAGGAGUGCAGCACAAAAGAAGGGAGGUACGAAACUAACAGCGCGAAAUAGAAAAGUUUUGUCGUGGCUUGAUUUCAGCUUAGAGAGAAUGGAUUGCAAAGGGGGAAAAAAAUGUUUAUACUGGCACAACUGUGACUAAAUAAAUGGACUGAUUGCCCCAACACACCACUUGUGAGAUGGCUUCAAUAGUCACUGCAAUAACCCACUGCCGGUGUAAAACUGAUGGCUGCUGAGCUGUGUCCGCCAGGUCACAGCUGCUAACUGUGAGAAGCAUCUCUGUGAAUUUUAAAUAUUAGGUUUGUCAGCACAGAUUGAGUAGAUUUUUCCCUGCUGUGCAGAGAUGUACGGUCAAGAGAGGGUAACGUGGGAGUCCUGGGGAUUUGGUACAGUUGGGGUGUCAGUCUGUCCCUCCUCACAAGUGUCAUUUCAUUGUUGUGAAAUCACUGAAAUGUCACAGUGUUUGGCCAACUGCACGUCCCCGGGCUUGAUGAGACCACAGCUGUCCUUGGUCCCCAAUGUGCUGCUCCUGCCAGGAGGUAUCUCAGAAGGGCUGGAAGGAGCAGAGCCUGAAGGAAGAGCUCACCCAAAUGGGAGUUAAUUUGGAGUGUGGUUCCCUUUGAAGCCUGAAUAAAUCUCUGUGUGAGCAAAAACAGUGCUAUGGGUUGUGUGGUAACUGAGAAGAAACAUAACACACAUCUAUCCAGCCUUUUAAGCAGCUGAUGAAUCAGCACCUCUCUGCACACUGGAGGAUGCUUAUGAGCACAAAAGGUUUUGUUUUGUUUUUUUUUUUUUUUUUUUUUCUGGAAUGACCUAUUCCAAAAAAGCAUCUCAGAUGUACAGUGAUGUAGUCAGGCCUAUGUAAGAACAUAACCUUUACUUACCCUUUUUUUGUGACUACUGUUUAUUAUUAAAAUCCUGCUUCCCCUGUUUUCUACAGAAACAUUUCAAUGUAGAUGUCAGAGUUCUCGGCCCACUAAUUAGCUGUUUACUCAGAGACAUAUGGGCUGGCCAAAUCUUAGGCAGUCACCUAAUUUGCCUCUGUGCCUCAUGGCAGGAUUUGAUUAGGACUGUCAUUGCAGGUUGAUGUUUGUCUAUAGAUGCCCAGUGACAGUUUGUUUCAGUCCUCAGGCAUCUGCCUCCCUAUCCAACACUGACAACUUUCCCUGACAUCUAACCUGAAUUUUACUUGUAAUUAUCUUCUAGUCCCAGCCCAAUGGACUUGGAGAGAAGCCUUAAUGUGUUACAAGUCUUCCCUUAACUUGCCUCCUCACUGGUACUUUCUAGGCUCUCGCGGUAUCCUUGGCUGUGCACUGGCUUCUCUUCAUCUGCUCCCUGGCUCUCCGAAGUGCAGUAUCUGAGCUGGACACAGUGCACGUGAGCGGAGGCUUUAUCAGUGCGGCACAGAGCAGAAGAAUUACUUCAUGUGUCUUGCAGAGGACACUUUUCGCUGGCCUGGGGUGUCUUUUUCGCAAGUGCACAACAUUGUUUAUUCCUCUUCAGUUUAUGACGCUUCAAAACCCCAGAUCCUUUUCUGCGGAACAGAUACCUAAUCAUUUGACAACUGAUUAUUUAUGAUAAUGUCUAAAUAAAGUUGAGAGCUUGUCUAUAUUGAACGGCACCCAAUUUCUAUCAAUUUGCCAAGAACUUAUUAAAUUCUGGUCUUAGCCUCCAAAGCCCCCACCUCUCCCAGCUUGUGUCACCUGCACAUUUAAUAGGGUUCUCUGUACUUGCAAUCCACAUUGUUAAGGAAUGUAAGUUGUUAGCCGCCUUCUUGCCAUUCCUAUAACUCUGUCACAUAUAGCUCUGUUUUCUGCAGGCCCUUCUCUAGGCUCUUGGCUUGGUUUCUGCUGCUUGUCCUGCUUGUGAGCCUGUGUUAUCCAACCCUGUGGAUCACAGCUCAGCUUUAGAAGCUCGUCUUGCUCUGGUACAGGUAACUUCUCAAAAUACCACUGGCUCUAUGGCAAGAGCAUUGGCCAAGAUGGUAUAAAAACAUUAGGCAAAACCUGCACAGUUUUCCAGCAAUGUUUGAAUUUCAUUUUCUGGGGAAGAACAACUUGGGGUAUGAGCAGUGCUCAGUAGGUAGCUAGCUAUAUACUAUUUCUUUUCAGUCACUGAAUAAACAUUCCACUUUUCCAAAGUUAUUAGAGAAUUAUCAGUCUACGGUAUAUAAUUAACCCCCAAUAAAUAAAUGUAUAAAGUAAAACCAUUUCUGGGCUAAACUGUGUGCUUGUAUGGAGCCUUCCGUCCUGUGGUUAAAUCUGUAGUUCCCUUUUUCAAUGCAUGCUUGUCUAACUUAUCAUCUGCCAUAAUUUUUGAAGUACCUAUCACAUUUGUACUUGAAAGACAGCAGUUAUAAAAGAAACCCGCAGGGAGAUGACCCAGAGGACGCUUGAACAAACAGAGCAGACUCUUCACAGAACUUUUGAGACUCUGCAGCUAUCGGCCUCUGUAAAAUGGUGACAAGGCACAUAUGCUGAUACAUGGCCAUUUUCAUUUACCAUCUAAAAAUUAUGGCCAGCAUAAUGAGAGUUUUUCUGAUCCUCCUUUGGACAAUGGUUCAGCAAAACAUACCUCAAGCUGCAGGAGUUCAGGUUUUCCCACCUGUUAACUUCACCCUUACAGUCUCUUCAUUAGCACAAGUACUUUUACACUGGGAACCAAACCCUAAUCAAGAACAAAAAAACUACACUAUUAGAUACGAUGUGAAAAUCCUAAGCCCUGUGCCUGAAGAGUAUGAUACAAAGAAGACUCACAGUAUCCGAACAGCUGCACUUCACAAUGGUUUCUCUGCACACGUUCGGACGUUACUUCUCCGUAAAGACCUUCAGAUGAGAAGUGAUUGGGUGAAGGAAAGUCUUCCACCUCCACCAGGUGCUCCGGGGACAUCUGUCACUAAUUUAUCCUGUGUUACUCGCAUCACCAUUUCUAGUACUGUUUCUCUCCACUGCUCUUGGCUUCCUGGCCAAUGGGCACCAGAAGAUACCAAGUACUCCCUAUUUUACAGGUAUGAGACAUAUACUGAAGAAUGUCAAGAUUAUAUCAAAGACAAGUGGAACAGGAAUACUGAAUGCAGAUUUUCAGUGACUCAUAUUGAUCCUGAAGAGGUUGACAAGCUCGUUGUGAUACACAUUAACGGGUCUAGCAAGUAUGCUGCAAUUAAACCUUUUCAGCAGUUAUUUAACCAAAAUGCCAUUGAGAAAGUGAAUGUUCCCAGAAAUGUCACUGUAUUCUUAGAGCAAAAUGAUCUCCUGGCCACAUGGGAGAAGCCAAUUUCUCCUUUCCCUAAAGAAUGUUUUGAAUAUGAAUUUUACCUCUUCAACUUGAAGUCGGGUAACAAGCAGAUACUGAAAAUAUCCUCAAAUGACUUCAGAUUACAGAUUGAUGUUACCAGCAGGUAUUCCAUACAAAUAAGAGCUAAUCAUCGCAUAUGUCGUACCAGAGGAUUUUGGAGUGACUGGAGUGAAAUUACUUAUGUUGGGCAAAACAAUCUGGAUAAUUCUGUAACCUGGAUUCUCACUGUGCUUUGUGUGUCUACGUGCUGCACAUUCCUGCUAGUUGCUAUAAUAUGCAAAAUGAGAAGUCUGCCUUUAACCCUGGAGAAAGCUGGCGAGAGCAUCUUUCAUGGCUAAAAUGUACAGAACAGCAUUUUCUCGGUUGUGUCUAGUUCAGCCCGAAGACCUACACUUUGAAUUUCUGUAGCUGUUACUGGUCAAAUCGUAAGUGGUGAAUUAAAGAAUCAAUGUAAUUACAAGUUUCUCCCCUGAAACAUGCGUCAAGCAGCAAUUAUCAGUCCAAAAUAAACACAGCUCCUAGUAAUGUGAGUGCUGUCCUCAACUCUGCUUAUUUCUCAUUAAUUUUUUUAAUGUUUUUUUUUUUUUAAUUUAUUGGUCAUCCUGAUGUCUUCUUGGCUAUUUUCCUUUCCAUAGCACAUUUUCUUUAUCAAAUAAAGGUCUUGUCUACAGGAAUGUUCUGUUACAAUAACUGUUAUUAACUCUCCACAAAGUGUCUAGUGUCUAUGAUAACCUGUUCUUAAAUCAGUUUAAUUAGCAUAACAGGUCUCAAUAAGCAAUCCUUUUUGGAACAAGACGGAUUAACUCCCCAGAGAGUUUAUUCAUGUUGUGCUUCAUAUGCAUUUGUUCCCAGCUAUGCUGCCUUGGUGUAUUGGUGGAAAUCCUCAAACUGCUCUUACUCACAUAAUUGAUUCUUUUAUGGUUUGACCUGUCUGUAUAGCUGUAGGUCCUCCAUUGUUCCAGCAUCAUCUUCAUCAGCUCUCUCCUCUCUCUCUGGGGCAGCAAAACACCAACACCAGUUAGAUUCAGUAGCAGUUAAUAGCAAACAUACUGCUCCGUGUUUUUCUGUAGAGUUCUGCAAGUAUUUGGAUAUUAUGCAAUUACUCCCUGCAGAGAACAUGAAACAGAUAUAAGGGAAGAAACAGGUAGAGGGAAGGACUUCUACUCAAGGACCAGCUUGAAGAUGCUAUAACUAGUUCAUUUUAUGAAUUUUAAUAUGUUAGGCAAAUAUAAGCUAUCUUUUCCAGGUUCAGCUGCUUGAUGUUACAUUUGUUGCCCCCAGGACUUUCUCACUUCCUGGCUAAUACAUAAUUCCCUAGCACCCAAAGGUUCAUUAUAUUCCAUCUUUGUCAAAGAGAUUAAAAUUUUAUCUGCCUGGUGCACUGAAUUUCAUGAAGUUGCUAGCUUUACCGCACACUUCUCAAACUGUUGCUUGUUCAGAGUCCUUGACACUUCUCUAAUCCUCCAGCCUGCCCUGGGAGGAGAUGGGAAGUGUGCAAAGAUAAAAUGCAGUGCUUAGCCUGCUCAUUUGUUGUAUCUGCAGAUAUUAAAAAAAGAAAAAUAGAACAGGUUCCCUAGAUCACAGUUUCAUUAGCACUCUCAGUUUUUAGUGCUCUUGAAAAUUCAUGAAGUGUACCGUGCAAUUCAAGCCACAGAAUCAUUUUGAAUUUCAUACAAUUUGAUGCCAUUGUAAGGAAUUUCAUUAUAGCAAAGAGUUCUAUAAAUUUUUCUGUGUACUUCCUGGUGAUUGCAGGCACCAGAGAUACAGACCACUGUUCAGGAGAAAUGCUACAGGGCAAAGUAGCCAUUUGGAACUGUUUGGAUAGUCUUUUCCCUUCACUUGCUUGCAGUAGCUGAUGGGGUUACUGUCUUGAUAAAAAGCACAAUUGAAAGUUUUCCUACUUUGCCCUCUGUCUUUAUGAACGAGCAUCUUCUCUACUUCUUAGACUGUGCCUUGGAAUAACAUUUUCUCCUGGAGGUGAGCCCACAGGAGGAUGUAGUUAAUAACUUGCUCCCAGCUGCCCUCCACUUAAUUGACAUGAGGACAGUCAGUGGCCCUUCAUACCCUGACCUCCUGCUCAUCCUGACCUCCACCAGGUACCCCCCCUGCCUUUUGCACCCCCCCAGUCCAUGACCAGCAGUCACCAGCCACCUGCCACAGGGAAGUCAUUUGGAAAAUGUCACAGAGAAUCUCAGGGGAGGCAAACCACUAGAAAAGGUACUCUAACAUACUGUGAAAACAAAUAUUUUAUCAAUUUCAUCAUAGCAGUUAGAAGAGGGAAAAGAAGAACUUAUUCUCUUACUUAUCUUUAUUUAUCUUUGGCCUUUUCAUGUCACAGCUGGUGGGAAAAGUGGCAAAUUUCAUUAGGACACACACAGCACAAUAACGAGUCCCUGAGUUAAGGCAUGAGGGUCCCAUGGGGAGCUUCCAAAGCCCAAAGGUCCAAGUAGCACUAAUGGAAAAGGCUAUGCUCUAACCCACGUAGACACAAGCAGAGAUAUCCAGAACACUUUUUCUGACAAGAUGUUUAAUCACAUAACUGAAACUUUUCAGUGUUCUGCAAAAAAGAACAGGACCAUUCUGAGGGCAUCACUGUCAGCACCCCCACAAACGCCUCACUGCAAAGACUCUUGCACUUGAGGGGCAGGGAGCCCCCACAAACCCAAGUGUGCUUCUGCCUCAUUUCUGUUGGGUGUUUGUGCCCCCCUCAAGCGUUUCUGUUCCAGAAGUGAUAUGUAACCUAUGCAUUUUUCUGGCUCAAUAAAUAACUUUGAUAUGGCUCCAUCAACAUCUUUCAUUGACCCAACUAGAAAUGCGCCAAUUCCAAACAAAUCCAAAUCUUGCUGGUUACAUUGCACAGCAAUAACAUAAAUCAAAACCUCACUCAGAGCUGAAAUAAGGUAGAGGUGACAUCAUGCAGCCUCCAGCAUCUUCCUUCUGAAAGGCUUGGGAGACCUGAUGGAGUGCAGGAACCGUGAAGACAACAGCAGUUGCAAAGCUGACCUGGAUGUGGUCACAAAGACUUAACCCUUAUGAGGAAAGCUGGGAAGAGUAGACAUAAUACCAGGCACUGGAGUGUUAAUACUGGCAAUCA